AUGAACCCUAAUCAAACUGCUAUUGCUAAGAGAAGAAAGAGAAAUAAACCACAAAAGGUUCUUCUGAUUCACAUCAAGAAUAUGAUUGUGGAGAAAUGUCAUAUAGAAGAGUCUUUUGAGAGUGAUGCUACUGUAGAGCCUAAGAAGCAAGGCGGCUCACACAUAGAAAGUCUUAAGAUAAUCAAUGAGUGUUCAAAGUUUAUUCAAGACUUCUUGAUCAAAUGCUGCACCUUGACUCUUGACGAAGCAGACUUUAAUGCAAACCUGAUCAGAGAACAAGGGUGGUCUAAGAAAGGCAAGGCCAGCAUUGUGAAAACAAAGUUGAAAAGGGGACUAAACAUCUCAAUUCUUGCUGGUAUUUCUUACCAGAGUGUUGAGAGUGUGCAGGCAAAGUUGAGUCCUGAUGGCAUGAUAGGACCAAUUUUUGUUGAAUUUGUAAAGAUGAUUAUGGAUUUGCUUGACUACAGUAAUUCUGCCCCCCACAACUUCAUUAUGAAUAAUGUCUUAAUCCAUAGAUUUUACAUUGUCAUUGAAUUGUUUGCUAAUUCACAACACCAUCUACACUUUUCCCCUCCAUACUCUCUGUUGUGGUGGUUGAAGUUUUAA